UAUGUCAUUUUCCAACCGUCACGCACAUACACAUACAUACACACUCACAGCAUUUCCUUCGGAGUGACACUUCGUCUAGUGUCUCGCUCACCACACUUCAUAUACCCACUGUUUUCCUAGGGUUUCUAUUAUUAUUAUUAUUAUUAUUGUUUUGAAUUUCCAUAUUAUGCGUAGAAACCCUGCUCCGGUCGCCGUUCGGCGAGGCAGACCGCCACCUUCCUCUCCGCGGAGAGGUGAUAUUCCGUCGAAUUUCCGGUCACUGCGGCCACCGUACCAAGGGCGGAAGCCCCAGUUCCCGGCGAAUCACUGCAACGACCACCCUGCGGAUUCCUUCAAGUACCACCCCCCUAACUUCGUCGUGGAGCUUCACUCCGAAAAUUGCACUUUCAGUAAGGCCGAAGUCGAGAGAUUGAUCGCGAAUUGCAAGUCGAAGGCCGACAGUUUCACCGUUCACCACUCGGGUAUUGUCGCUGCAACCUUGUCUUUGCAGCAAUGGACCGACGCACUCGAAACGAUGGUAUAUUUUUGGAAAAUUCGUCUCGACGAUGUUUGUUCUGUUAUGCCAUGUCUCAUACCGAAUGUUUUCGUGGAGUCUGAUAUGGACGAGCUUGAUGAUCGGCUCAAAACACUAUUUUCUGAGCGUGUGAAGGGGUUUCUUGAAGGCGAUUUGGUGAAGAAGUGGCAGAGGAAUUUAGGGAUCGUGUUGAAAGAGAUUGCUAGUAUUACAACUACUCUCAGUAAGCCAAACCGAAUUAUUGAUCACAACAAGCUUUUGGAUAAGAGGGCAGGGCUUAAUUCUGAGAGGGAUUUGAUGGAAAAGAGGAUUCAGGAGUUUAAGUCUGGCAUGAAGUGCAUACUUGCUCAUCUUGAAGGGAGGUUGGAGGAUCCUUGUGAUGAUGGCGUGGAGGUGUUUAAAUUUGGCAGACGUUUUGAAUGGUGUUGGAUUUUUAACCUGAUGACGAGGGAGUGUCGUCGCCUAGAGGAUGGUUUGCCGAUUUAUGCUUUCCGGCAGGAAAUUCUUAAACGAAUCUAUAACCAACAGAUAAUGGUGUUGAUUGGAGAGACUGGUUCAGGAAAGAGUACACAGUUGGUUCAGUUUCUUGCUGAUUCAGGAGUAGCUGCUAAUGAGUCGAUUAUAUGCACUCAGCCUCGCAAACUUGCUGCCAUCUCAUUGUCUCAGAGGGUGCAAGAGGAAUGUUGUGGGUGUUAUCAAGAUAACACUAUCAUAUAUCAACCAAUUUAUUCAUCUGAUCGGCAGUUUGAUUCCAAGGUAAUAUACAUGACAGAUCACUGCUUACUGCAGUACUACAUGAGAGAUAGGAAAUUAUCUGGAAUUUCAUGCAUCAUUGUUGAUGAGGCACAUGAAAGAAGCUUAAACACUGAUCUUCUCUUAGCAUUGAUUAAAAAAUUACUUCAUCAGAGGUUUGAUCUAAGGGUUAUCAUAAUGUCUGCAACAGCUGACGCAAACCAGCUUGCGGACUACUUUUUUGGUUGUGGAACCUUUCAUGUGGUGGGCAGAAACUUUCCAAUUAAUGUCAAAUAUGUCCAUUCUGCAUUUGAAGGCACUUCUGAUUCUACUGUUGUUGCUUCCUAUGCUUCUGAAGUUGUGAGGAUGGCAAUGGAGAUCCAUAAAACGGAGGAAGAUGGGACAAUUCUUGCUUUCUUGACUUCUCAGAUGGAAGUAGAAUGGGCUUGUGGAAAGUUCCAAGCUCUUUCUGCAGUUGCAUUGCCUUUACAUGGAAAACUUUCUUAUGAAGAUCAGCAUCGCAUCUUUCUAAACUACCCAGGAAUAAGAAAAGUAAUAUUUUCGACCAAUCUUGCUGAGACAUCAUUGACAAUUCCGGGGGUGAAAUAUGUGAUUGAUUCUGGCAUGGUGAAAGAGAGCAGGUAUGAACCUGGCACUGGCAUGAAUGUUCUAAGAGUCUGCAGAAUCAGCCAGAGUUCUGCUAAUCAACGAGCUGGUCGUGCCGGGAGAACUGGACCGGGAAUGUGUUAUAGACUCUAUUCCGAAAAUGAUUUUGAGUUGAUGCCUCCUCAUCAGGAACCUGAGAUCCGUAGGGUUCAUCUUGGUGUUGCGGUUCUGAGAAUUCUUGCUCUGGGCAUCAAGAAUAUUCAGGGUUUUGAUUUUGUUGAUGCACCUAGCACAAAAGCUAUUGAGAUGGCCAUUGGAAGUCUUAUCCAGUUAGGAGCUGUUAAACUAGAAAAUGAUGUCUUGGAAUUAACUGCGGAAGGGUGGUCUUUGGUUAGAUUGGGUAUAGAACCUCGAAUUGGUAAAAUAAUUCUCAAAUGUUUCUGUCAUGGCUUGGGUAAAGAGGGCCUUGCCCUUGCUGCUGUUAUGGCAAAUGCUAAUAGCAUAUUUUGUAGAGUCGGUAAUGAAGAAGAUAAACUAAAAUCUGAUUGUCUUAAGGUGCAAUUUUGCCAUCGCAAUGGUGACCUUUUCACUCUGCUCUCUGUUUACAAGGAAUGGGAGGGUGUGCCUCCAGAGAAGAGAAAUAAGUGGUGUUGGGAAAAUAGCAUAAAUGCCAAAUCAAUGCGAAGAUGCCAUGAUAUGGUCCAAGAACUGGAUAUUUUUCUCAAAAAUGAACUUAACUCUAUUAUACCAAGUUACUGGCUUUGGAAUCCACAGGUGACUACUGAACUUGACAAAAAAUUGAAAAAUGUUAUACUCUCUUCCCUUGCAGAAAAUGUAGCCAUGUACUCUGGAUACGAUCAACUUGGUUAUGAAGUGGCAGCAACUGGAAAACAUCUUCAGCUUCAUCCUUCUUGUUCAUUGUUAAUCUUUGGUCAAAGACCAAAUUGGGUUGUUUUUAGUGAAAUCUUAUCAAUAUCUAAUCAAUAUUUGGUCUGUGCAACUGCUUUCGACUUUGAAUCUCUGUCUACCCUUUGCCCUCCUCCUUCAUUUGAUUUCUCUUUGAUGGAGAGGCGAAAGCUGCAAGUGAAAAUUUUGACUGGUUUUGGCAGUACAUUACUGAAAAAAAUAUGUGGGAAAUCUAACAGUAGUUUGCUUCAUCUUGUUUCUCGUAUUAGAACAGUCUGUAAGGAUGAACGGAUCGGUAUAGAAGUUGAUGUUGAUCAGAACAGAAUUCUGUUGUUUGCCUUUUCAUUGGACAUGGAGAAAGUCUGUAAUUAUGUUACUGAAGCAAUAAAGUAUGAAAGAAAAUGGCUAGAAAAUGAAUGUGUGGAGAAAUGCUUAUAUCAUGGAGAGCGUGGUGCUUCUCCAUCUGUAGCGCUCUUUGGAGCUGGUGCUGAGAUAAAGCAUCUUGAGCUUGAAAAGAGAUGUUUGAGUGUCUCUGUGUUUCAUUCACAUGUGAAUGCUAUUGAUGAUAAGGAGCUUUUGAUGUUCUUGGAGAAAAAUACCUGUGGCAGUAUUUGCACAAUCCACAAGUUCACAUGCGCUGGACAAGAUGGUGAGGACAAGGAAAAGUGGGGCAGGAUAACAUUUCUCACACCACAUGCUGCUAAGAAAGCUACUGAAUUAAAUCAAGUUGAAUUCAGUGGUUCCUUGCUGAAGGUAGUUCCUUCACAGAGCAUUUUUGGAGGUGAUCAUAAGAAGUUCUCAUUUCCUGCUGUUAAAGCGAAAGUUUAUUGGCCUAGAAGGUGCAGUAAUGGGUUUGCAGUUGUCACUUGUUCAAUGCAAGAUGUGCCUUUCAUUGUGAAUGAUUUAUCUAAUGUGUUAAUUGGUAAAAACUAUGCUCGUCGAUGUGAAGCUGGCAAAAAGAACAUGGACAGUGUGGUGAUAAGUGGACUUGAUAAAGAACUUUCUGAAACUGAAGUUAUUGAUUUGUUAAAAACUGCAACAAAGAGGGAAAUCUUGGAUUUUUUCCUGGUUAGAGGAGAUUCUGUAGAAAAUCCUCCAUGCAGUGCCUGUGAAGAAGCGAUUCUCAGGGAAAUUUCCUCCUUCAUGCCUAAAAGGAAUUCCCAGAGUAAUUUUGUUCAUGUCCAGGUCUAUCUGCCAGAACCGAAGGAUUCUUUCAUGAGAGCCUUGAUAACAUUUGAUGGAAGUUUACAUUUGGAGGCAGCAAAAGCUUUGGAGCAUAUUGAAGGGAAAGUAUUGCCUGGAUUUCGCUCAUGGCAGAAGAUAAUGUGCCAGAAGUUGUUUCAUAGUUCUGUAUCCUGUCCUGCGCCAGUCUAUCAUUUUAUAAAGGAGCAACUGGAUUCGUUGCUUGCGAGCUUCCGGCAUCAAAAGGGUGCGGAAUGCUGUCUAGACAGGAAUGAGAAUGGUUCCUAUAGAGUAAAGGUAUCUGCCAAUGCUACAAAAACUGUGGCGGAGUUGAGAAGACCUCUGGAGCAUCUCAUGAAAGGGAAGACCAUAAGUCAUGCCAGCCUCACUCCAACCAUUCUGCAGCUUCUGUUCUCCAGAGAUGGCACCAUGCUUAUGAAGUCAAUUCAGCGAGAGACAGGAGCCUAUAUUCUCUUUGAUAGGCGUAGCCUUAGUGUAAGGCUAUUUGGUUUUUCGGAAAAGAUUGAUGUGGCACAGCAAAGAUUAGUGCAAUCCCUUCUGAACUUGCACGAAAACAAGCAACUUGAAAUCCGUCUUCGAGGUAGAGAUUUUCCUCCUGAUCUGACGAAGGAAGUGGUUAAGAAUUUCGGGCCGGACCUUCUAGGGCUCAAAGAAAAGGUACCGGGGGCAGAAUUCGCUCUUAAUUUACGCCACCAUGUCAUCUACAUGCGAGGUAACAAAGAGUUGAAGCAAAAGGUUGAAGACAUAAUUCUUGAGAUUGCACAAACAUGUGGUACUCCGUUUCAGAAGGGAGACAAUGAAGCUGCCUGUCCUAUUUGCUUGUGUGACGUGGAGGAUGGUUUCCGUCUUGAAGGCUGUUUGCAUGUAUUCUGCCGCACGUGCUUACUGGAGCAAUGUGAUUUUGCGAUCAAAAGCCACCACAGCUUCCCACUUCGCUGUACCCAUGACGGUUGUGGGGCUCUAAUUUUGCUGUCUGAUUUGAGGUCUCUACUGUCAAGUGAGAAGCUAGAGGAGCUGUUCAGGGCUUCUUUGGGGGCAUUUGUAGCAGCAAGCAAUGGUGCAUACAGGUUUUGCCCGUCGCCUGAUUGCCCUUCGGUUUAUAAAGUGGCAGAUCCUGGUAGUUACGGUGAGCCAUUUGUGUGUGGGGCAUGUCGUGUGGAGACAUGUACUCGGUGUCACUCGGAGUAUCAUCCAUACAUGUCCUGCGAGAAAUAUCGGGAGUUCAAGGAAGACCCAGAUUCCUCACUGAAGGAGUGGUGCAGGGGAAAAGAACAUGUGAAGAACUGCCCUGUUUGUGGGUUUACGAUUGAGAAGGGAAAUGGGUGCAACCAUGUAGAGUGCAGAUGUGGGAGGCACAUUUGCUGGGUCUGCUUGGAGGUCUUUGAGAGUAGUAACGAUUGCUAUAGCCACUUGGGGUCUGAACACCCAAUUAUUAUUGAUAUAUUCUAACUUAAAUUAAGUAUAUUUUCUCAGAUGUUUAGGUGCACAUGUACCACGUAUGUGGAACUGGGUAGGAGUAACCAACGACGCUUGCUUCUGUACAUAUGAUGUUUAGCUGAUAUGGUCAAUUUCUGAGUGUGAGUGUCAGCGCUGUGAAAAAGUGACCCUACUGCAUGACCUAAAACCACCUGUUUUAACAAUCACAAAUUCACAAAUCAAGUGGGAAGAGAAUUGAAUAUAUUUCUCGCACACGUACUGUUUGUAAAUUA